CGUCAGUCGGAAAUCUACAUAAAAUAUUUAAUUUUUACUUGCAAAAAUGGAAAGCUAAGGUUUAUCUCGUUAAGUGGUGCACACACAAAAUGGAUGUAGUAACCUUCGGCAUCAUAGUAGCCCUAAUCCUGGUUUUUUUAGUCAUUGUUUGUUUCAUCACCAUUGAAGGCACUUGCAAACGCCGUUCUUAGUUUGGGUCUUUAUUCUUUUUUUUCCCCUUUCAAUUUCUUGCUCCUCUUUUGCUUUCCGAUCUGAAGUCUUUUUGUUUUCAAUUUCACUAGAAAAAGGCAGUAAAAAGUGGAUUAAAAAAAAUGGAAGGGAUGAAAGAUGGGGUUUGAGAAAACACCGAUCUUUUUGGUGGUGGUUUUGGUUUUUGUGAGUUUGGAUCUGUGUCUCGGGAGUGGGUACGGUAUGUCGCCGACGCAUGGUGACCAUGGGCAUCAUCACCAAUGUGAUCACGGACAUGGGCAUGGGCAUGACCACAACCAUCAUCAUUCCCAUAACUAUGAUCAUGGCCAUCACCAGCACCUCCAGGCGGAGGAAGAGAGGAAAAAGAUGAUGUUACCGGAGGACUUGGCUGAGGAGGAAGACAUGAAAUUGUACGGAUUUGGGCCAUAUCGGGAUGAUCACGAUCAUGAUCAUCCCAAGCUCUCUGGUUCAGGCCUUUGGUUACGUGCAUUGGGAUGUUCGCUCUUAGUAAGAUUGGCUUCCCUUAUUUGCCUGAUUAUUUUACCUUUGAUAUUCAUACAAGGGAAGCCAUCCAAGGCGAUUGUUGAUUCCCUGGCUUUAUUUGGGUCAGGAGUUAUGUUGGGAGAUGCUUUUCUUCACCAGUUGCCGCAUUCGUUUGGUGGACACUCCCACUCACAUGCUGAUCUCGUGGAUCAUGAUCAUACGCAUGCGCACUCUUUGAAGGACCUUUCUGUGGGCUUGUCCGUUCUUGCUGGGAUAGUACUCUUUCUUCUUGUUGAAAAGCUGGUCAGAUAUGUCGAAGAAAACUCUGGAGGGACUAGUGGUUGGAGCCAUGGUCCUCGUCACCUUCAUCACAAGAGCAAUAAAAAAUUGAAAAAUGCUGCUGCUGCUCAUGACAACAGUUCGCAACCUGACAUAUCAGACGACUCUUCAAAUGUAGAUAAUGCAUCUCAGCCUGAAAUCCAGAAGGUAGGGUUUAAAUAUUUACGUUAGAGGUGUGCUGUAUUCAUACUACUAAGAUCGGGCAUACAUGUUUGCUGGCUAUGCCAUUUUUAUAUAAAUUCUGGGGCUGACACUUAAGUGCAAUGCAUGAGGUGUAGAUAUGUGUGUGUGAACCAUCAAACACGUCUAAUUGACCGAUAAAAUUUGUCCUUUAUCUGUUUGUAUCUUGUAUGUAACAUUUAUUACCUGUAAAA